GAGAACGAGAACACUUCCGGAUUUUUUAACCACAACACAUGUUGGUGAUAGAUUCGUGCUAUGCUGCUGAAAUAGGAGUGUAACACAGUAGCGGUAACAUAAGACGGUGAUGUGAAACACGUGUGUACAGAACAAUUUGGUCAUCAUGGCAAAAAGGAAAUCAUAUGAAUCGGAACACAAAAGCAGUGGUUCAAAAAAGUUGAAUUCAAAUAUGAGAGUCUGUAUGGAUGAAAACAUGGAAACCAAAGUGAAAAAGAAAAGAAAAAAGAAUGAAACUGAGGAAUCAACUGUACCAGCUCCCGCUAUUCAGAUCACUGAGGGUAUGAUGUCAAAGAAACACCAACAGCAAGCAGAGAAUGUACAGAAGAAAAAGACAAAAAACAAGAAGUCUGAGAUUCCAGCUCUAACCCAAGUCCCUGCUUCUUUAGAAGAUGAUGAUGAUGAUGGUAAUGAGAGAGAGGAGGUGAUGAAGGGUGAGGAGGACUUGAGUCCGGAGGAAAGACGAGUCCUCGAGAGGAAAAUGAAGAAGAUUCUGAAAAAAAAGCAGAAGGAUCAACUUAAGGCUGAAGGAAAGACAGAAGACAUAGAUGAGGCCAGUAAACCUAUUGCCCCCCAACAGGCUCUGGACUAUCUUAGCUGUUGGGCUGAGAACCGUAAGGAUUGGAGGUUUCAGAAGACCAGGCAGACAUGGUUGCUACAGCACAUGUUUGACUCUAAAAAGAUCCCAGAUGAGAACUUCACUGUGCUCCUGUCAUACUUGGAAGGGGUACGUGGAAGGGCCAGGGACACCACUGUACAAAAGGCCGAAACAUUGGUCCGGGAGGAAGAGGGGGAACAAGAUACAGAGGCCCAGCAGAGGGUAAAAAGAGCUAGGGAAGUCAUCCAGCUGCUUUCCUGACCAACCACUACCAUUAUUUUAGAUGAUGACCAAUCACAAACCACCCAAGCCCCACACCACACUCAAGGGGAAUAUUUAAUUUAGCUUUCUGAAUCAAAACAGUUUCUGGUACAUUUACUCCACCUCAAAAUGAGGGGCAACCAAAAAUAUCUGCUGGGAUUUUGAUACCAAUAGACAUUUAAAAAUGCAUUUUAUAUGAUGUUAAUUCCUUCAAGUUUUUUUCAGCUCUGUUUUGUGAUGUGAAUGGAAGAUAUUCAUGGUUUGUCAUUGGACAGAAAAUGAAACUGAACCAUUAAGUCUCUCAUAAAAAGCCUGUUGUUUUUUGCUUUUUGCUAGAGAAGAUGCACUCUCCUUACAAUGUUUGUUUUCACUUGUCACUGAUGCAUGACUAAAAUAUUACAACUACAGUUGACAAUUUGCUGAAUAUUUCUUUGAAUUCCCUGAAAAAUAAACACCUAAGUUUUCUGUAACUUCAAUUCCAAUUGUAAAAGAUUUCUGCAACUUGAAACUAAUUGAAUUCUAUUUGCAGCAUCCUGGCGACUGCUGAUAAGCUAAUGUUUUGCUCUUGGAAUUAAACCAUUAAAACUGGAAAACUGAA